GGGGACAGCGUUCAACAGAGCAUCAGACAGAGGAGGACGAGGAGAAACAAGAAACUCAGAAACAAACUGCAGAGUUGAAAUAAAAAUGUCGUCUGACGGAGCAAAGAUGCAGUGGCUCCUGUGUCUGGUCUUUGUGGUGGGUCAGAGUUGGUUCAUCACAGGUCAGCUUUAUGAGUAUCACUAUAUUAAAGAGAGUAAGAAUUGGACUGCAGCUCAGAAAUACUGCAGACAAAGGUACACUGAUCUGGCCACCAUCUCCAACAUGACAGACUUGGACAGACUCAAUGACUCAGCAAAGAAGCGUACAGAAUCUGCCUGGAUUGGUCUGCACAGCCUAAAUAAUACUAACCCCACCUGGCACUGGUCUCUGCAUGGUCUGGAGUUCAAUGAAAGUGAGACAAACUGGGGCGAAGGUGAACCAAACAACGCAAGACGGAACGAGAAUUGUGGGGGGAUAAAUAAAAACCUGACAUGGUUAGAUUUGUCCUGUCAUGAGACCAGGCGUUUUAUCUGCUAUGAUGAAGGAAAACCCAAGAGAUUAAUUUUCUCUCAACAACGAAUGAACUGGUCAGAGGGUCAGAGCUACUGCAGAAAGGAGCACACAGACCUGGCCAGUGGACUGGAACAGUUAAAUGAUACCGAACUACGUAAUCUAGCCGAGAAAAUCAGGUCGUGGUCCGAUGUGUACAUUGGACUGUUCAGAGACACUUGGAGCUGGUCGGAUGGGAGCAGUUUCUCUUUCAGACGCUGGAAUAAUCUGGCCGGCAUUACGAUGGAAGAGGACAGAUGUGCCGUGAUGAAGGAGGACGGGGAGUGGGAAACUGACAAUUGCAAUGAAAAGAAACCCUUUUUCUGUUAUGAUGAUAAGGUGAUCUUGGUCAAACUAAAUCUGACCUGGGAGGAUGCCUUGUACUACUGUAGAGAAAACCACCGUGACCUGGUCUCCAUCACCGACCUCAAUGACCAGAGAUGGGUCCAAGAGAGAGUCAAGAACGCCACCACUGAAUUUGUCUGGACGGGGCUGCGCUACACCUGCACUCUGGAUUUCUGGUUCUGGGUCGGUGGUGAGGUGGUCACGUACCACAACGUGGACUCGGGUGAGAAGGGGGACCACUGUGACAUGUCUGGAGCCAUGGAGAGAGCUGGAAAACACAAGUGGUUCAAAAUAAAUGACAUGCAGGAGUUUAACUUCCUCUGUUCUGAGUGGUAAACCCACUGUGACCACUGCUGACAUUCAUUUAUUAGUUUUGAUCUUGGGAUUACUUUGUGUGUGUUGCUUAAAUGAUUUUAGACAUUUAUAACAGUUACAACUUCAAAGAUGUUACAUUUCUCAAAGAAUAGUUGAUGCAAGGUACUUUUUCUAGCGAGGUUGAGGUUGCAUUUUCUUUGUAGUUUUAUUCUAUAAGGUUGGUGUCCUCUCAAACCAAUGAAGUCUGAAAAAGGUGAUUAAAAUACACAAAUGUCUCAACUUUGCUUUGUUACUGAUCUGGUGAUGGUUAAGCAGUUAUAUCUCUGCUUUGAUUACAGUUUUGGGGGUUUUGUUGUCAACAAUAACUGAUUUUUAUGUUGAAUAAUAUACUGUGUUGAAUAA